AUGUCAGUCCAACCCCAAUCGACAUUAGCACAUCACGAAAAAUCUUUCAAUGAUUCGGCAGUAAUGUUUGAUCCCAUUAACGUUACCACUAAUUCCACCACAUCGGCUCCUGAAAAUCAAACUACCUCGCCUAUUCAACAUCAUCGACCAAAAUCUAAACGAGUGACGAAUAGUUUUUUCGGUAAACGAAGAUCAGAGUUUUAUGAUGAUGAUGACGAGUUCUACGAUGGUUGUUGCGGAUCUCUCC